GCUAUAAUGUAACAAUUUAGGUGCUACAGUGUAGAAAGUGUCCGCGAUUGAGCGCAUCUUCCCGCCGUUGAGCCCUCAUUUCCUCUCGCCGCGGAUGUACAGGAGACCACGCUCGGACAUUAAAUGACAUUUGUAACGGAGACGCCGCCAGAGGGGACUGGACUGAAUCAUAACACAUUCAUAUGAGGCUGAUGUACAAUCCCAGUGAGGAGACUACAGUCCUCAGGAGCCACACAGCACCUCCCCUUCACCUCCACCUCCACCACCAUCUCCUCUUCUUUUCUCUAGGGGCAUGCCUUCUGAACCCAGACUCAGCAGUAGUAGGGAGAUGCUGACAGGACAGAGGCUCUGUCAGUCAAAGUCCCACCAGGACUCGGUCCUCUCUGCCCUCAACCAGCAGAGGAAGGAUGGCUUGCUGUGUGACGUCACCCUGGUCGCCGGUGAGCAGAAGUUCCACGCCCACAAAGCCGUCCUGGCAGCAUGCAGCGAUUACUUCAGGGCUAUGUUCAGCUUGUGCAUGGUGGAGAGUGAGGCAGACGAAGUGACUCUGCAAGGAGUGACCAGCGUAGGACUGAAGCACGCUUUGGACUUUGCCUACACUGGACAGAUCCUGCUGGAGCCAGCGGUGAUCCAGGACGUCCUGUCCGCAGGCAGCCACCUUCAGCUGCUGGAGCUGCUCAGCCUCUGCUCCCACUACCUCAUCCAGGAACUGAGCAGUGUUAACUACCUGGAGCUGUACCGCGUGGCUGACCUGUUCCACCUCCCCGCCUUAGAGGAGGCCGUGGUGGGCUUCCUGGUGGAGCAUCUGUCUGAGCUGAGCCAGAGCAGGCAGGAAGAGGCUCUGCAACUGCCCUACCGCCUCCUCAGGGAGGUGCUGAAGAGCGACCGCCUCACCUCUCUGAGCGAGGAGGAGAUAUGGAAGUUGGUCGUUCUGUGGCUGGAACACGACUGCCGUUACCAGUACGCUGACGAUCUACUGCAACACGUCCGCUAUGGCCUGAUGGACGUCCCCACACUGCACCAGCUUGCCCGUAGCCACUCUCUGGUUAAGUCCAGCCCUACUGCUGCUGCCCUUGUGGAGGAAGCCCUGGACUACCACCAUGCCACCUUCGCACAGCCCCUCCGCCAGUCGGCCCGCACCAGGCCUCGCUUCCAGUCUCUCACCCUCUACAUAGUUGGCGGGCGGAAGCGGGAGGUGAGCAGGGUCAGGGAGUUGCGCUACUUCAACCCGGCUGCACAGGAGCAUGUACGCGUCGCGGGGGGGUCGAACUGGAGCGAGCUGGUGCCCAUGCCCACUGGGCGCAGUCACCAUUGUGUGGCCGUAAUGGGGAACUUCCUAUUUGUUGUGGGUGGGGAGGUGGAGCAUGCCACCGGGAGGACAUGUGCUGUAAGGACUGCUUGUCGAUACGACUCCAGGGCAAACGGUUGGACUGAGAUCGCUCCCAUGAAGGCCUGCAGAGAACAUUUUGUCCUGGGUGUGCUGGGUCAGUACCUGUACGCAGUGGGGGGCAGGAACGAGCUGAGGCAGGUGCUGCCCUCUGUGGAGCGCUACUGUCCCAAGAGGAACAAAUGGAUGUUUGUCCAACCCUUCGACCGCUCACUGUCCUGCCAUGCUGGCUGUGUGGCUGACAACCUGCUCUGGGUCUCAGGUGGGGUGACAAACACAGCUCAGUACCAGAAUCGACUGAUGGUGUAUGACCCAGAACAGGACCAGUGGUUGGCCCGCAGUCCCAUGUUGCAGAGGCGAGUUUACCACGUGAUGGCGGCGGUGAGGAAGCAGCUCUACGUGCUAGGUGGGAACGACCUGGACUACAACAACGACCGCAUCCUGGUGCGCCACAUCGACUCCUACAACAUGGACGUGGACCAGUGGACACGCUGCUCCUUCAGCCUCCUCACCGGUCAAAAUGAGUCCGGAGUAGCCGUCCAUGAUGACAGGAUCUAUGUGGUUGGAGGAUACUCGAUUUGGACCAACGAGCCUCUGGCAUGCAUUCAGGUGCUGGAUGUGAGCACAGAGGGGAAGGAGGAGGUUUUCUACGGGCCAACACUGCCAUUUGCCUCCAAUGGGAUAGCAACCUGUUUCCUCCCUGCUCCUUACUUCACCUGCCCAAACCUACAGACUCUACAAGUGCCCCAUCACAGGAUAGGUGCGGUUUAAACCACUGAUGAACAAAACAUGAACCCAUAACCACAGAAUGGAGGAGCCUCAACUCAACUCUGGACCGUCAGUAUUUGCAAGUGUGGCUGUCAAAAAAUGGUACCUGAUCAUAGUAAUCAUUCUGGAACCUGCCAUCUCUGUCACACCAGUCUACAGGGAUUUCUUUGAGACCCAAAUGUAAUAACAUUACUUCCCUGAGCUACAAUAGCCAUGUUAUUCCACAAGCUUCUAGGAAACUCAAAAAAACAAGCAGCUGUCACAAUAAUACAGGUGUCUGUUGUAUUUCCCCAAAGACUGAGAAACUAUUCAUGAUGUCCAGUGAAGCAAGUUAAGAAAAAAUUAACUCCGGAGGGAUUAUAAUUCCCUAAAAAGACAGGAACAAAAUGCCAGUCCCAUUACCAAAAAGUGACUUGUGGGAAGCGGACAUUACUGAAUUGCUGAAUUGUCCACAAAGAAACUGUCCUCUUUGUAACCCAUUAUAGGGCUGUAGGAGCUUUUAUAACUAAAAUCACUGUAUAACAUUUCCAUCAAACUCUCUAUAGUCACUUUGGUGGCCUGAAAAGCAUGCAGGUUUGCAGUUUCUCAAGAUAUACUGUAGAGGACAAAGCCCGUUUUCUCAUUGACCUGCGUGUCUUUUGAAAUUACAGAUUGGGUUGACAAAUGUCAAGAGCCUGAAGCUCAAGCUCAUUAGUGCAUAAAUAACCACGUCAUUUUGUAAUCCAAAUAAGUAAAAAAAAAAAAAAAAAAAAAAUUAACAGUGACACACUACUGUAUGUGUGUAUGUUAUCGACCUGUGUGUGAGAUUGCUCAGGACCUAAGACUGUUUAUGUUUAAAUGAAUGUCUGCCAUCAUUCAGAGAAUAUCUUAUUCAAUGUUCUCCAAAGAAAUGUGUAUAUUAUAAAAAACCACUUCAUUGUGCUGAUUUUCAAAAACAAAAUCUACUUUGACCAAAAGAAAGAAAAUGUCUCUCUGCCCUUCCCUCUUCUGUCCAAAAAUAACAUGUGUCUGAAAGAAUAUAUGGCACAUUUUCAGAAUAAAGAAGCUAUAUGAAUCCA